AUGGGUUUCAAGAGCGCUGUCCUCCUGGGCUUGCUCCCCCAGCUGCUGUCUGCCAGCGUUUGUCCCAAUCUGAUGCCCGGUCAGAGCUACUGUGUCAUUGGUACCGUCUCGGACGACCCAGAGCCCACGACCACGACGCCCUCGACAACGCUGACGACCACAACGUCCACAACCACCACGCCCUCGUCCCCAUACCAGCCCACCCAACCGGGCCUGGCAGCCAACUGUGACAAGUUCCAUCUCGUCGCGUCCGGUGACCAGUGCGAUACCAUCGAGGCCAAGUAUGGCAUCACCGAUGCCCAAUUCAAGGCCUGGAAUCCUAGUAUUAACGCCCAAUGCACCAACCUCUGGCUGGACUACUACGUGUGCGUGCACGUCCCAGGCGCCACGAUGAUUUCACCUCCCCAGCCCACACCCACUGGUCCGGAGCCCCAGAUGCCCGGCAUCGUGAGCAACUGCGCCAAGUUCUACCAGGUCAAGUCGGGCGAUAGCUGUUGGUCGAUUGACAAUGCUGCGGGUAUCACUCUUGCUCAGUUCCGCUCGUGGAACACGCAGAUUGAUGAAAACUGCACCAAUCUGUGGGUGGACUAUUACGUUUGCAUUGGGGUCUAA